AUUGUCGAGACCUCGAAGGGUAAUGAAGUAGGCCGAUGAAAUUUGGGGAUAAAGAGAAGUAGCAACGUUCGCAGGCUACCUUAUCCGCUUCCAACAAUGGCUUCCCUCCUGCUCGGAGCUCCCUCCGUCGCCUCUCCGGCGCCGCUCGCCGUCUCUCCUCGCCUCGCCUUCUCUCGCUCCCAGACCCUAGGCGUUUCUCUCUCCACUUCCGCCGCCGGCGGUUCUCUCUCUCUCCCCGGCGCCGCCGCCUCCCCUCCGUCCGUCCCUCUCGUGUACUGCGGCAGAGGCGACAAGAAGACCGCCAAGGGGAAGCGCUUCAAUCACUCCUUCGGCAACGCGAGGCCGCGGAACAAGAAGAAAGGGAGAGGCCCGCCGCGCGUGGCUGCUCCUCCCGCCCCUCCGAGGAAGGACCGGUUCGAGGACAACGAGGUUAUCAAGAUCGAAAUCGAUGAGUCCCUCUUCGCUAAUUGAUUCCGGGCGAAAGCUUGUUGAUUUUUCCCGGUCGAUGUAAUCUCUUUUCCCAUCGAAAUGCGUUCGUUGGCGCUACUGUUUCGUCGAUACAUGCUUAUGUGAAAUUCUCGAUCUCAAUGCGGUUCAUAUGUGGUCUGAUCUUGUUCU